GGCCUUCGGGGCUGGGCGGGCGCGACCCGGAGCUCGCUCGCUCGCGUGGCGCGUUCGCACGGACUCGGGUUCUCCUGCGCGCCGGCGGUGACCGGGAGGCCCUCCCUUCCUCCUUCCCCGGCCUGGGGUAGGCAGCGGCGAGCGCCAUGAACCUGGAGCGGGUCUCCAACGAGGAGAAGCUCAACCUCUGUCGGAAGUACUACCUGGGUGGCUUUGCUCUGCUUCCUUUCCUCUGGCUGGUGAAUGUGUUCUGGUUUUUUCGAGAGGCCUUUUUCGUGCCAGCAUAUACUGAACAGCUACAGAUCAAGCGCUAUGUCCAGCGUUCAGCCGUGGGUCUUUUCUUCUGGGUGGUUGCGCUCACCACGUGGAUCAGCAUCUUCCAGGCACGCCGGGCCCAGUGGGGCGAGAUUGGCGACUACCUCUCCUUCACCAUCCCCCUGGGCAUCCCUUGAUGAACCUCUCUUGCCUAUGAUGAUCCAGCACGAAGCUUUAACUUCUUUCCUGGCGGACUCCCUGAGCAGCCUGUGGGCUGUUUUGCUGAUCUCUCCUUUUAUGGAACCAGGGAGGGAUUGUGCCAUGGUGAACUGUCCUGGGGGCUGCUGCUCCCCUAUGUUCCUCCAGAAUCCUCCAUUCGCUCUGCCUUGAAUGCAGCCUCUUCUGAAGGCAAUCAAUAAACUUGGGCUUCUCUGC